AUCGGUUAUUGAGCUCUUCAAAACUUUGCUUUCACACAGUACACAUGAUUUUCUUCCUUUUUCUUUUUUUUUCUUCUUAACUUUCUUUAUUUGUCAAGUUUGCAUCUAGACUUUGUUCAGGCUCCGGGGAAUUUUCUUUUUGUCUCUAGUGGCCACAAGUCUGUUCUCCUUUCAACAUGUCUUUAAGGCAUCGCAAACCCAGUGAACUCGCCUUGCCCGACGAAGAAGGAAGCCCUCUGGCUGUGGCAAAACGCCAACAGAAGAGAUGGCGAUUGGCUUUUGCGGUCAUAUGUUUCACCAGGGCUCUUGUUUCUUUGUCAAGAAAGGCUCUUGAACAGAAGAAACAAAUCUUUCGGUCCCUCUCUUAUGUUGCCAUCGAUGUCGAUAACCAACAUCCGCAUGAGGAUGGCGUGGCUUUUCUUAAUGCUGAUCAGAAGAUUCUCUCCAGCCUGGUCAGAGAUAAGAGCCUGGAAUCUUUGAGUAAUCUUGGAGGCGUGAAAAAAGUUGCACAACUUCUUGAAACAGAUGAGAAGAAUGGUGUUCAAGGUAACGAGGCUAUGCUUUUGCAGAGAAUCAAUAUUUUUGGUUCAAACACUUAUGAAAAGCCGCUUGCAAAAAGUUUCUUCAGUUUCGUUUAUGAAGCAUUCAAAGAUACCACCAUUUUGAUUCUUCUAGUUUGUGCUAUACUUUCUCUGGCGUUUGGAAUCAAACAACAUGGUUUGAAAGAAGGGUGGUAUGAUGGAGGCAGCAUAAUAGUUGCUAUCUUUUUAGUCGUAGCGGUGUCUUCCGUUAGUAACUUCAAGCAAAACAGACAAUUUGAAAAGCUUUCAAGCGAGAGUGGUGACAUAAAAGUUGAAGUAGUUAGAGAUGGCAGGCGCCAAACCCUGUCAAUCUUUGAAGUUGUAGUGGGUGAUGUUGUGUGUUUGAAGAUUGGUGAUCAGAUUCCUGCUGAUGGGUUGUUCUUGGAGGGACAUUCAUUGAAGGUUGAUGAAUCUAGCAUGACUGGUGAGAGUGAUAGUGUUGAGAUCAACAGUAAGGAAAAUCCUUUCAUGCUUUCGGGGACUAAAGUGACAGAUGGUUAUGGUUUUAUGAUGGUUACUUCUGUUGGCAUGAGCACAGCGUGGGGAGAGAUGAUGAGUUCCAUUAGCCGGGAUUUGGAUGAGCAGACUCCAUUACAAGUUCGUCUCAACAAGCUGACAUCCUAUAUUGGCAAGAUUGGAUUGGCAGUGGCUGUAAUGGUCCUUCUUGUUUUAUUGAUUCGUUACUUUACAGGAAACACCACAGAUGAAAACGGAAACAGAGAGUUCAACGGCAUUAAGACAAAAUUUGAUGAAAUUAUGAAUGUUGUUGUUCGAAUUAUUGCUGCAGCAGUGACAAUAGUAGUGGUGGCGAUUCCUGAAGGUUUGCCUCUGGCUGUUACUCUCACUCUGGCUUAUUCUAUGAAGCGAAUGAUGGCUGAUAAUGCAUUGGUUCGAAAACUCUCUGCUUGUGAAACAAUGGGAUCUGCCACAACAAUCUGCACAGACAAAACAGGCACCCUCACUUUGAAUGAAAUGAAGGUAACAGAGUUUUGGGUUGGAAAGGAAGCUAUGGAGGAUUUUGAUAUGGCAACUGAUGUUUAUGAGUUGUUACGUGAUGGGGUUGGCCUAAACACAAUUGGAACCGUUUACAAGUCGAAUUCUGCAUCAACUCCUGAGAUAUCUGGUAGUCCAACUGAGAAAGCAAUACUCUCUUGGGCUGUGUUGGACAUGGAAAUGAAUCUGGAUGAGUCAAAGCAAAACUGUGACAUAAUCCAUGUAGAGACCUUCAAUUCACAGAAAAAGAGAAGCGGCGUUUUGAUGAGGAGGAUCAAUGAAAAGGUUGUUCACACACACUGGAAGGGAGCUGCUGAGAUGAUACUGGCAAUGUGUUCACAUUAUUAUGACAGAAGAGGUACAAUGAAGUUCAUUGAUAGUGAAGAAAGAAUGCAAAUUGGGACAGUUAUCAAGGGUAUGGCAGCUAAGAGCUUGCGUUGCAUUGCCUUCGCUUAUACAAAUGUUGCAGAAGAAAUUGAGGAAACUCAUGAGAAGCUUGAAGAAUCUGGAUUGACCUUGCUGGGAAUUGUUGGCUUGAAGGAUCCAUGUCGGCCAGGCGUGGAAAAAGCUGUGGAAUCCUGCAAGAAAGCUGGAGUGAAUGUCAAAAUGAUCACUGGAGACAACAUCCACACGGCAAGAGCUAUAGCUAUUGAAUGUGGAAUACUCAGACCUAGUGAAGAGUUGAAUACCGAAGCUGUAGUAGAAGGUGUUCAAUUCCGGAAUUACUCAGAUGAAGAGAGGAUGGCGAAGAUUGAUAAAAUCAGUGUUAUGGCAAGAUCGUCCCCUUUUGACAAGCUUUUAAUGGUGCAGUGCUUGAAGCAAAAAGGUCAUGUGGUAGCUGUUACAGGAGAUGGGACAAAUGAUGCACCUGCUCUCAAAGAAGCUGACAUUGGGCUCUCCAUGGGGAUCCAAGGCACUGAAGUUGCAAAGGAAAGCUCAGACAUAAUCAUCUUGGAUGACAACUUUUCCUCAGUGGUGACUGUUUUGAGGUGGGGAAGGUGUGUCUACAACAACAUCCAAAAGUUCAUCCAGUUUCAGCUCACGGUGAACGUUGCAGCCCUUGUCAUCAAUUUCAUUGCAGCAGUUUCUUCUGGUGAUGUUCCACUGACUGCUGUCCAGCUCUUAUGGGUGAAUCUAAUCAUGGAUACCUUGGGAGCUUUAGCAUUGGCCACUGAGCGACCUACCAACCAACUUAUGACCAAGCCACCUGUGGGUCGAUCAGCGCCACUCAUAACCAAAAUCAUGUGGAGGAACCUUGUUGCUCAGGCUUUGUAUCAAGUAAAUGUGCUAUUAGUUCUGCAGUUCAAGGGAAGAUCUAUCUUCAAUGUGGAUGAGCAGAUAAAAAACACCCUGAUAUUCAACACAUUUGUCUUCUGCCAGAUUUUCAAUGAGUUUAAUGCAAGGAACCUGGAGAAACAAAACAUAUUCAAGGGGUUGCACAAGAACAAACUCUUCAUUGGGAUUGUUGGGGCAACAGUCAUCCUUCAGAUUGUGAUGGUGGAGUUUCUUAACAGGUUUUCCAACACCAAGAGGUUGAAUUGGGGGCAAUGGGGAGCCUGUGUUGGCGUUGCUUCUAUGUCUUGGUUGAUCGGUUGGCUUGUGAAGUUGAUUCCAGUUUCUGGAAUACAGUUUCUCUUCUUUUCCAAGAGAGGAGCACCUGCAACUUGAACAGUUCAUUGCAACCAGAAAAUGGUAGAAUCAACAACAAAAGAUUUAUUUUUCCAUGUUUUAGACGAAUUGUCAGUUUUUUUUUUUUUUAAAUAAUCAGAAUGAAAAUGUAUUAGCAGUUCCUUCCCUGUGAAGCCAUCAGUUUUCAAUUAAAAUGCUCAAGACCUUCUUUAUA